CUUCAUGUUGUAGAGUUAUUUAUGUUGUUGUGUCCACUUUCUGCACUUGAAUAUGCUGGAUUUUUGUGGCUGAAUGGAUCAGUGGGAGAUUGUGUCAAGAUACCAGUGUGUGUCAGACCAUUUUGUUAGUAGUGAAAGCUGAGCCCAAGAUCAAGGCGGUGGACAGGACUCUUUCUGUUUCUGUUUCCAUUAGACAGACAGAGUCAGCCUGAAAUGUCUGUGACACGAGACCAAGACUGGACAAUGUGAAAAUGUCUUGUCAUAGGAAUUCAUUUUGGAUUAUGUCUGUUUGUGAAUUUAAGAGAUCGGAAAUCAUUUUGUGGCAGGAGGUUUUUAAAGCCCUCCUCUUCUUUCUGUUUGACAGGAAAUGCUUUCUAUUUUGAAUCUUGUCAAAAGUUUAUUUCAGACUCACUGAAAGUCACACAACAGUAAAAUGUCUGAAGCUGGAGUACUAUACUCUAAUGUGAAGUUUACAAGAGAGAAGAAAGCUAAUGUUGUCAUUUCCUCGUUGCCUGACACCACUUACUCUGAAGUAACAAUCUCAAAGACUCAGCGGUCCACAACAGAGUCACUUGAGGGGUACCAACAAGAUGUGUUGAGCAAAAGGUCAAAGGUCACCACAGAGAGAUUGGCCUUGCUGGUUGUCAGUGGUCUACUGGCUGCUGCCGUCAUUGGUCUUGGUGUUACUGUGUUUGACAACAUAAGAUUGAAGCAAAUGUUCAAAAAACAAGAUGAUCUCCAAAACAGAAAUGAAAGUGGAAACACAAAUGUCUCAGAUCAAGCAUGUUAUAAAUGUGAAGAAGGCUGGGAGCAACAUGGAGGAAAGUGCUAUUACUUCUCCAUCAGUAAAUCAUCCUGGAACAAGAGCAGAGAUGAGUGUAGAGCUAAAAGAGGAGACCUGGUUAAGAUAGACAGCAGGGAGGAGCAGACUUUCCUGAACAGAAGACUGAGAGAUGUAAUGACUGAAGCUGAGGACAAGUUCUGGAUCGGACUGACAGACUCAGCAGUAGAGGGCAGAUGGUUGUGGGUGGAUGGGUCACAACUAAAUCAAAGUUUGACGUUUUGGAGGAUGAAGGAGCCAGACAAUUGGAACGGGACACAUGGAGAACAUCCUGAUGGAGAGGACUGUGUGAGGAUGGGAGAAAAAAGUGAAGCUGAUAGUCUGGAGUGGUGGUUUGAUGCAUUUUGCUCAAAGCCUCACAGAAGUAUUUGUAAGAAAGCAGGAGUAAGGGAAAAGUUAAAAAAGGUAUGUGACUGAAAUUCAGUUCAGUCUAUUAAACACCAGGUUGGAAUGAUGCGGUUUAUUUUUAAGUUGUUUCACAAACAGAAUAAAAUCAACAUAUUAAAAUAAAAUUUGAGUAAUAUUUUGCAUCUGAUAUUUUUCCUUUUUGAACUGAUUAUUAUAUACAAGAAAUGUGGGAGCACCUGCACAACUUGAAGGAAUUAUAACAUCCCAAAACUUUUUAGAUACCCCUGAAAUAAGGAAUGUUGUGUUAAAAUGGAGCAAGUAAUAGAUGUCAGUGUGAAUAAAGAGUAACUGAACAUUACAGUGUUUGAUAUUUUAACAACUGAUUAGUUUGACACCUCAUUUGACUCUCAUCAAGGUAGAGCUGAAUGAGGAACUGAAAUUACAAUGUGUUAUUUUAGCAUCAUUUUAUCAGAUAAACAGUGUGACACACUUAAGAGGCUACAGCUGCUUAAAAACUGCUUAUAGGCUGUAACUGAGAAAUAUGAAUAUAUGACUGUUAACACAGUUUUCUACACCUGUUUCUCCUCUGGGGUAUUCUUGCUCUGGGUAAAGUAUUUCUGAUUAUGAAUAAAGUUAAAUGUACACACCAUAAACAGAAUGCUGGACUGUGUUGUGCUGGGGUUGAUGCAAGCAUUAGGAUGUGUGGUUUCCACAUUGUAAUUCCACAUUGUUGUGGAAUUAUGGAAAACGCAAAAUGGUGCAUGAAAUGCAAACAUUUCACAUUUUCUUACUUCAAGAAGCUCAGAGUGAAUAAACUGCAAUUUAGAAGGGCUUUUAAAUGGUUAAAUAUUUCGUGUAUGUUGUAAGGAAAUAAUAUUUAGAUAUUAAGUAUAUACAUAUUUUUAUUUUUGUUACUUUCUUUCUCGGAGUCCUUUUUACAAUUAAUCUAUAGUUAGGGCUAUAAUUUUGGACAACAACACUGUUUUUCUGUUUGUUUGUUUGUUUGUUUGUUUUUUGCCUCCAUACACCGCCACAAUGAACUGACGGGAAACAUCUGCACCUGGUUUGGGAACAGCACCAAGCAGGACAGACGAGAUCUGCAAAGAGUGGUGCGCUCAGCCGAA